GAGAGAGAGAGAGAGAGAGAAACCUGGCUGCUCUGCACGGGCAACUUGGGGCUCACAACUUAAAAGGGAGGGAGCCGUGUGGGAAGGGCUAAGAGAGAGAGAGAGAGAGAGAGAGAGAGCGAGAGAGAGAGUGCAAAAGAAGACAGCAACUGGGAGAAAGAAAGCGAGACAGAUAGUAGAAGAGCAGAAAAAAAAAUAAUUCUGACACACACCCACACAUACACACACGCACACACAUACACGCAUACGGAUCUUCAAAGCUGAGGACUUUUCAUAGACUGCCUAUUACCUAAAAAGAUUACAUCUGGGGCCCUGGUCUGAAUAAAUAAGGUGAGAAGAGUGGCAGAGCUCAGUCACUUCAGAGGAAGAGCUCCAUCCUGCUCCACCUCAGGACAGAGAGCAGGACACACAGGAGGGACUCUUCACACAGAGAAGUGGAAGGAGUGGAAGAGGCACGCUCUCGUCUCUUUCACUGCCCACACAGACUCACUUGCUGAGGGACCAGGAAUUACACAACUUUUGGAUUCUCCCAUCUUCUGUCAUCUUCUGCAGUUUUUUAUUUACAUUUUAUUUGGACUUUUUUUCUUCAAAGGACAUUUUUCUACUCCCUGAUUUUUCAAAGUUUGACUGGAGCACGCUGACGGGCACUGUGGCUCCGUCUCUAAGGGCAAGUGGGUGAGUGAACCAAGUUAUGGAUGUUGACACUUUCCUUUCGGACACGAAGGGAACCAGGUCCAGAGUAGGAAUUGACAUUUACGACGGACUCUUGGGGCUCUGCCCCUUGGCCUCUUCCAUUCUCCCAGGCAGCUCUCCAGCAUGUACCUUUCUGUGAGGCUCUUCCUAGUCCUCCACCCACCAGUACAAUGUGCACAUGGGAAGUGACUAAGAGUGCUGCAGCCUGGGUUCGUGUGUCUUACCCGUCCUCGCUGCUGCUGCUGCUUGUGCUUGCGUUCUCGGCUCUGCCUGUGGCGUGCCACGAUGCCCGCAGGGCCGCACGAACCUCCAGGGUGGCCAACAACUCAUCCUCAACUGCGGUGGUGGUGGGCCGGCAUGUCCGCAGCUACAGCCACCUCACAGGAGAUGUGCGACGCAGGAAGCUUUUCUCCUACCAGAAGUUUUUUCUCAGGAUUGAUAAGAACGGCACUGUCAAUGGCACCAAGACAAAGGAUGAUCCGUUCAGUAUACUCGAAAUCAAGUCUGUGGAUGUUGGCAUUGUGGCAAUUAAAGGCCUCAAUAGCAACUACUACCUUGCGAUCAACAAGAAGGGGUUGGUGUAUGGAGCGAAGGAGUUUGGCACUGACUGUAAGUUGAUAGAGCGGAUCGAGGAGAACCGAUACAACACGUACGCCUCGGCGGAGUGGAAGAACAAGAAGAAACACAUGUUCGUGGGUCUGAGCGCCAACGGCAAGCCAAUGAGGGCCAAGAAGACGCGCAGAAAAAACACGGCCACGCACUUCCUGCCCAUUCCCAUUCCAUAGGGCCUGUACAUGGGAAAUGCUCACUGCACUGAGGAAACACUUGGAACUUUUUUCAACAGUAUCGAGAGAUGUAUUUGGAAGGACAGCGGACAGCACUAUGUACAGGAACUGAGCUGAACUCUUUGCUGAUAUAUAUCAUAUAUAAUGUUUAAAUUAUUGGCACCUGAGAUAAUAUGAGACACCAAAAUCCUUGAUGGACCAGAAAGGAUAAAAGAACAAGAAAGACACGCCCCCUUCCUGAGUGGCCUAAAGAGACAAUUUACAGAGUGCAUCACAUGUAUUGUGUACUUGUGUGUUUAGGGAUAUAUGUGUGCGUUUGUGUGUGUGUGUGUGUGUGCGUGUGUGUGUGUGUGUGUGUGUGUGUGUGUGUGUGUGUGUGUGUGUGUGUGUGUGUUGACCUUUGGACACAGUUAUUUAUGCUAUACUAACUUGUAUAGUAUGCUAUACUGAUUUUCUAACGGACUCGCUGUGUUCUGUCUGCAAAUGCAAACAUGUCCCAGAACAAAUGAUGAGACGGAGGGAUGUCAAUCAAAGCCCUGGACUCAGCCAAGCAUAGCAUACAACCCUAACAAAAUCCUUAUUAACAUGCAAAGCCACUGUAUUUGAUAGCUCCAUUCUUUACCUGACUGCUUUGAAAUAAAUUAUUUAUUUUAUGUAAUAUUUAAAGGGAUACAAAGACAAAAAAUAUUAAAUGGACAAUUUUUUUUUUAUCAUUUAUGCUCUUCUCUUUAAAAAAAAGCUAUUCUAUCGGUAAAACAUGGAAUAAAUAAAUAAAUACAUUUCUGUUUAUUGCAGAAUUUAUGUCAGUUUUGUGUGGAGGUGAAUUUUUCUACUAAGUAAAUCAUCAGCUUUGUGGACCUGCUGAUGUACUUUCUGAUGCUGUUGACACUGUUAUACAUAAGCAAAAAUAAAAACAUAGGCAAAAUAAA